AUGUUACAGAUUCGGCCCAUGAAUUGUCUGUGUUUGUCUGUUAAAUAUUGGAUUAGCACCCAUAAUCUAAAAUUCUAUCACCUGUUUCGCAUCGUGAUAGCCAAAUAUCACCACUUCUCCCUUACCCAUAAGCUCUUUCAGCUGUUCUUUGUAUUUAGCUUUUCCUUUUUUUCCUUUUAUCUUUUUGUUGGCAAGACCUUCUUCAAUUAAUUCUCUCUUUGCUGCAUCCUCAAACUCUUCACCUGGAUUUACAUAUCCUCCUGGAGUUGUGAUUCUUCUAUCUAUAAGUGAUUGUCAUUUUAAUUCCUAUUACAUGUU